UAAGCUCAUUUAAAACUAAAUUAUUUAUUUUUAGAAACUAACUUAUAACUUCAAUAUUUAAAGCAGUACAAGUGCCAUAAUUUUAAAGCUAAAAGGAAGAAAAAAUGGAAAAAGUAGAAGAAAAUUUGAGGGAAGUUAGAGAAACGUUUCGAAGUGGAAAAACAAAAAGUAUUGCAUGGAGAAAAUCACAGCUUAAAGCUUUGAUUAAUCUCAUUACUGAAAAUGAAGCAGCAAUGUUUGAUGUUCUUUAUCAAGAUUUGGGGAAGCAUCCUGCCGAAUCGUACCGCGAUGAGAUUGGGGUUGUGUCCAAAUCUGCUAAAUAUGCUUUGAGCUGUAUAGACAAAUGGGUGGCUCCUAAAAAGGGCCACGUGCCUCUGCUCUUAUUCCCUGCAAGUGCGCAAGUGAUCCCUGAACCAUUCGGUGUAGUCCUCGUUUUCGGUUCUUGGAAUUUCCCCUUCUCAUUGGGUUUAGACCCAUUAAUAGGAGCAAUAUCUGCAGGAAACUGUGUGAUCCUGAAAGCUGCAGAACUUUCACCAAAGUGUUCUUCAUUUCUUGCUCAAACCAUCCCUAAAUACUUGGAUUCCGAAGCUGUUAAAGUCAUAGAGGGCGGCAUUGAUGUUUCUGAAAAAAUUCUGCAGCAGAAAUGGGACAAAAUAUUCUUUACCGGAAGUCAACAUGUCGGACGCAUAGUAAUGACUGCAGCUGCAAAGCAUUUAACUCCUGUUGUGCUCGAGUUGGGCGGAAAAAGUCCUACUAUUAUCGAUGGUGAUUCCGUUUCCUCCGAUAUGAAGGUAGUAGCCAAAAGAAUUGUAGGAGGAAAAUGGGGACCUUGCUGUGGACAGGCAUGUAUUAGUGUAGAUUAUUUGCUUGUAGAUGAGAAAUCUUCUGCUUAUCUGAUAGACUCAUUGAAAAGGAUUGUCAAGAAAUUUUAUGGUGAAAAUCCUAAGGAGUCAACAAGCAUUAGCAAAAUUGUUAACAAAAGAAACUUCGACAGGCUCUGCAAUCUUCUUAAAGAUCCUCUUGUUGAAGCUUCUAUUGUUCAUGGUGGUUCUAUAGAUGAAGAAAGCAUGUCCAUUGAACCAACAAUCUUGUUAAAUCCCCCACUUGAUUCAGAAAUUAUGACAGAGGAAAUCUUUGGUCCUUUGCUUCCAGUAAUCACAGUGAAAAACAUUCAAGAAAGCAUCGAAAUCAUCAACUCGAAACCGAAACCUCUGGUUAUUUACGCAUUCACAAAGGAUGAAUCAUUCAAGCAACAACUUGUAACGCAAACAUCAUCAGGAGGUCUCGUCUUCAACGAUACCAUGAUUCAAUUUGUUUGUGAUGAUUUGCCAUUCGGGGGUGUCGGUAAUAGUGGAUUCGGAAGGUAUCACGGAAAAUAUUCGUUUGAUACUUUCAGCCACGAAAAGGCGGUUUUGCAAAGGAGCUUCUUAAUUGAGAUUGAGCCAAGGUAUCCUCCAUGGACUGAUUUCAAGGUUGAGUUCAUUAGAACAGCUUACAGAUUUGAUUAUUUUAAGCUGAUAUUACUUCUGCUUGGACUUAAGAAGUAGGCAAAUGUGUAUGGAUCAUGUAAUUAAGCUACGUACUUCAUGAAAUUAUGUAACAAUUAUACUUUAAACGAAGCAUUAAUACACGAAAUAAGCAGUUACAUGUAA